AUGGCAACAGCCUGUCUUCCACAUCACCAUUGCCCAGACCUGUGUCCCGAAGAGGACAUUCCAGCGCCGUUGCAAAGAGACGACACAACGCAAGCAAUGACAGUUACAGCUAGAAGUCUCACUCCCAUAGAGACUGUUCCAUUGGCAGCUUCAGGUCACAGAUCUAUGCCUACAUUCCAACAACAAUCACAGAUAGAAACUCAACCACACCAAGUCCAACAACAAUCCCAGAUAGAAACUCAACCACAUGAGUCCAACAUCAAUCACAAAUGGAAAUUCAACCACAGUGAGUCCAGCAUCAAUCACAGAAGGAAACUCAACCACAGUGAUUCCAGCAUCAAUCACAAAUGGAAACCUAACCACGACUGGAAACUCAACCACACCAAUCCCAGUGAGUCCAGCAUCAAUCACAAAUGGAAACCUAACCACGACUGGAAACUCAACCACGACUGGAAACUCAACCACGACUGGAAACUCAACCACGACUGGAAACUCAACCACACCAAUCCCAGCACACUGAGUCCAACAUCGAUCACAGAUAGAAAAUCAACCACACCAAGUCCAGCAUCAAUCACAGAUAGAAACUCAACCACAGUGAGUCCAACAUCGAUCACAGAUAGAAAAUCAACCACACCAAGUCCAGCAUCAAUCACAGAUAGAAACUCAACCACAGUGAGUCCAGCAUCAAUCACAAAUGGAAACCUAACCACGACUGGAAACUCAACCACGACUGGAAAUUCAACCACACCAAUCCCAGUGAGUCCAACAUCGAUCACAGAUAGAAAAUCAACCACACCAAGUCCAGCAUCAAUCACAGAUAGAAACUCAACCACAGUGAGUCCAACAUCGAUCACAGAUAGAAAAUCAACCACACCAAGUCCAGCAUCAAUCACAGAUAGAAACUCAACCACAGUGAGUCCAGCAUCAAUCACAAAUGGAAACCUAACCACGACUGGAAACUCAACCACGACUGGAAAUUCAACCACACCAAUCCCAGUGGCAGAUGCACCAAGUCCAACAUCAAUCACAAAUAGAAACUCAACCACAUUGAAUCCAGCAUCAAUCACAGAUGGAAACUCAACCACAGUGAGUCCAGCAUCAAUCACAAAUAGAAACUCAACCACAUUGAAUCCAGCAUCAAUCACAAAUGGAAACUCAACCACACCAAGUCCAACAUCAAUCACAGACGGAAACUCAACCACAGUGAGUCCAGCAUCGAUCACAGAUGGAAACUCAACCACACCAAUGAGUUCAGCAUCAAUCACAAAUGGAAACUCAACCACACCUAGUCCAACAUCAAUCACAGAUGGAAACUCAACCACAGUGAGUCCAACAUUAAUCACAGAUAGAAACUCAACCACAGUGAGUCCAACAUUAAUCACAGACAGAAACUCAACCACACCAAGUCUAACAUCAAUCACAAAUGGAAACUCAACCACACCAAGUGAGUCCAACAUCAAUCACAAAUGGAAACUCAACCACAGUGAGUCCAGCAUCAAUCACAAAUGGAAACCUAACCACGACUGGAAACUCAACCACGACUGGAAACUCAACCACGACUGGAAACUCAACCACACCAAUCCCAGGCACUGGCAGAUGCACAACGAAACUAAACAUAUAUCUUUAAGAUACAGUGUAAUGGAACUAGGAGUCUGA